AUGAAGACGAUUUUUUGGUAUGAUGAAUAUGCAACCUCCCAAAAAAUGAACUUUUACUGGAAUGCUUUCAAAAAGAUAUUGGGCAUUAUUAUGUUAUUGCAAAAGAAGACCUUGCCCUUACAAAAAUUGAUGUGGAGCAGAAUUCAUUUAUGCACUCUGGAUCUUUAUACCAUGAAGGAGAAAUUUAUACUUUUUGAGGGAAAUUUUCUGAUAAGAAACCUAGACUUUCAAAUAAGAUCAAUUUUAGAAAGAAUAGAAGCCAGAAAUUUUGCACCUUGCCAGAUAGGUUAG